AUGUUCUUCUCAACUUAUGAGAUUGCCUCUAUGACCGCCAAAUUCGGCUCUGGGGCGUCAAGGCACAGGAAAAUUCUGACCUGGGAAAAUCGGGCCAGACUCCGAACCGCGAAAAUCCUUCUGGUGACCCUCAGGUCACUUGGGGCAGAAAUUGCCAAAAACCUUGUGCUAGCCGGAAUCGGAUCUCUCACUAUUAUAGAUAAUGCGGUCGUCAAACAAGGAGAUAUUGAUGCUCAAUUUUUCCUAUCAGAUGAACAUAUCAACCAAAAUCGAGCAGAAGCUGCAGCCGCCCAAAUUUUGCAGAUGAACCCAAGGGUUCAAGUUCUUGUUGAAGCAAUUGAUAUUAGAUCAAAACCUCCAGCAUUCUUUGCGUCGUAUGAUGUUACUAUUGCAACAGAUCUUGACUAUGACACAAUCUGCUGGAUGAACAAUGCCUGUAGAGUAGCCAAUCGUCGUUUCUAUGCUGCAGGAGUCCAUGGCUUUUACGGCUACAUCUUCUCAGAUCUGAUCAGCCACGAUUUCGUGAUCGAGCGAGAAAAAUCGAACGUCGUUUCUACACCCAUCGAGACGCCCACUAGGACCGUUCUAGACGUGAAAACCAAAAGGGAAAACGACAAGACGAUUGAAAUGAUAACAAAGCGCGAAGUCUACUGCCCACUUAUGCUUUCCAAUACCUCUCCUCUGCCUCAGGAAUUUACCAAAGUCCGACGCAAGCGCUUGCAGCGAGAGAAAGAUGGGAGUCUGCCUACAAAGGAUGAUUUGGAGACAUUUAUUCGACUCGCCAAUGAUCGCCAUUUGGAACUACGCCUGGACAUAUCCACUCUCACUGCGGAAUUCAUACGAAGCUUUCUUGACAACCUAGGCUGCGAAUUGAGCCCCGUAUCGGCAUUUUUGGGUGGAUCACUUGCCCAAGAUGUCAUCAACGUGUUAGGUGCAAGGGAGCAACCACUGCAAAAUCUAUUAUUGUUCGAUGGCGAACGGAGCGUUGCACCUAUUUACUCGCUUCAUCCUAUUUUCCCUGAGGAAUGA